AUGCGUUUGCUAGUGGUACUGUCAUGUUUAGUCUUAGCUGCGCGGGCGCAGAUCGGCUCAGGCCUCGCGGGGCUAGCGGGCGGCGGGUUUCAAGGCAUCGCCAACGCUGUGACGUCAUCAUUCAACAAGAACGACUGCUCCCGUGACGUCACUGAAGACUUUCGUCGCGUGCUCUACGAUUUCUCCACACGACUGUACAAGCAAGUCGCCAAACGAUCCGAUGACCACUUCGCUCUCACGCAAUAUAGUGUAUGGCUGUCCCUAGCUGGUAUAGCUGAAGCAUUAGAAGGGCCGAAGCAACAGGCUUUGUUAACAGCUCUAGGGUUGCCAGAAGCGAAGUGUCUCCGCCAGAAAUACUACUCAAUAGCAUCGGGAUUGGAGCAGGAAGGUGAAGACGUGACCCUACUGCGAAGAAGAUACCUGAUGGUGCAGCCCGACGCCACACUGCCAGCGGAAUGGAAGAAACAGACAGCGGGAUUACUACAGACAUGUUCUUCCGAGCCAUCCGAAGCGGCUUUCCAAAUGCUACGCCUCAGUGCGAAACCAAAACCAGCUACGGCACUCCUAGGAGACUCCUUGGACUACGCAGCUUUGUGGACCACCGCUUUCCCUUCGGCCAGUAUCAAGAGAAACCAGCCCUUCUAUGACGACAACGGCAAGCAAAUAGGAACAGUCGACAUGAUGACUACGAAAAGACGCGUGAAAUUGGCUCAUCUCCCGAUCCUCAAUGCGAAAGUGUUAGAGCUACCGGUCGGCAAAGACGGCCGCUACAGCAUGCUCAUGCUAAUCAACCUUGGACCUUUCCCCAUAAGGAAUACGAUCGAGAUCUUCAUGAACACAAUCAUUGUAGACAUCAUGAAGUUUAUGCAGGAGAGCUUGGUCCCUCUGGAAGUUUCCAUUCCGAUGUUCAGUUUGACUUCGGAGUUUGGGCUUCGGGAGGCUUUAGAGGCGGUAGGGGUUAGGGAUAUUUGGGGAGAAGCGGGGGUGUUGCCGGCGCCGAAAGAGUAUUACCAACGGGUUACUGUUAAUAUAACUUCAGAAGGGGUAGGGGAGGAAUCCAAGGGUGGAACCCCUGGGUUGGGUUCCCUCGGUGGGUUUGGGUCAGCGUUUGGGUCAGUAGUGGGGGCAGCGACGGGUUUGGCGGCGGCGGUGGGACGUGACUUCGUGGCUAACAGACCCUUCAUGUUCGGCCUUGUGGACGGAGUGACGCAGACUUGCCUGUUCACUGGCGCGUUUUCUAAGCCUCAGCAGCAGUAA